CAGCAAGAAGGUUCAGAACAGCCUGGCUUUGUAAAAGAAUUUCAUACUCUCACACACUGCAUAGCAGAAGGGAAACAUGCCUACUUUAUCCAAUUUGACGCAGACACUGGAAGACGCCUUCAAAAGGAUUUUUAUUACUUAUAUGGAUAAUUGGCGCAGGAACACGACAGCUGAGCAAGAGGCACUCCAAGCCAAGGUUGAUGCAGAGAACUUCUACUAUGUCAUCCUGUACCUCAUGGUGAUGAUUGGAAUGUUCUCUUUCAUCAUCGUAGCCAUUUUGGUGAGCACAGUGAAAUCCAAGAGGCAAGAACACUCCAACGACCCCUACCACCAGUACAUUGUGGAGGACUGGCAGGAAAAGUACAAAAGUCAAAUUUUGAAUCUAGAAGAAUCCAAGGCUACCAUCCAUGAGAAUGUUGGUGCAACAGUGUUCAAAAUGUCUCCUUGAUAAAAGAGAAAGGCAGAAAGCAAACAUCCACAUCCAGAUAUGAAGAGAUGCCAGGGAUGUGAAGCAAAUCUGAAUGGUCACUGCUCAGGAGAAAGCAGUUCCUCACUCUGUUGAGAAUUUUCUUGGGAUUAUGUAGUUGGCCACCUAAG